GCGACCGACGGCCCCGUCGACUGCAGUACGAAUCAGGUCUUGUUGCUGGGAGGAGACCAUACAGACUCGCCUCCCUGCUAGCAUUAGCAGCUUGCUACGAUGCGUUGCUGCCGCUGCUGUAUUUUUUACACAGCAGGCCACUGUAAAGCGAGGCAGGUCCUUGGUUAAUUGUUUAGGCCGACGGAACUAAAGGGUGUCUUGGAAAUACACCACACCUUUCAAGGAUGGAUGUUGAUUUGUGUGCUGGUGGUGAUGAUACCAGGAGAAAAGUGGAUUUGGCUGGGGUUGCAGAAGGCACAAUGGAAGUUGUACCACUGGAGAUGUAUGAUUCCGCCAGAGCAAAAAUAGCUGCCAACCUGCGGUGGCUCUUUGCCAAAGCCUAUGGCAUUGACCAUAUUCCAGAAGACCUAAGGGACCCCUUCUACACAGAUCAGUAUGACCAGGAACACAUCAAACCGCCUGUCAUCCGCCUGCUGCUGUCCUGUGAGCUCUACUGCCGUGUCUGCACCCUCAUCCUCAAGACAGAGCAGGCGGCAUCUCUUCAGUCACACAUGUCCGUCAUCCAGGCUCUGUCCAGGAAGGGCAUUUACGUUGUAGAGAGUGACGACACACCUGUCACAGAGGGAGACUUGGCCUGUAUGCCCAUCAAAAUGAGCGCUCACAUGCCGAUGAUCGAUGCUCUGAUGAUGGCCUACACAGUGGAGAUGAUCAGUAUCGAGAAAGUGGUGGCUUCCGUUAAGCGCUUCUCUACCUUCAGUGCCUCCAAGGAGCUGCCCUUUGACCUGGAGGAUGCUAUGGUCUUCUGGAUCAACAAGGUGAACAUGAAAAUGAGGGAAAUUACAGAAAGGGAACACAAAGUAAAGCACCACCCGCUGGAGUCCCCCAGCCACCAGAAGUCUCCCUCCAAAUGGUAUUGGAAGCUAGUCCCUGUACGGUAUCGUCGGGAGCAUGCUUCAGGCCGACAGCUGCCCUUCUUCCCACUGCUCGAAGACUUGAUGAGGGACGUUUGUGACGGAGCUGCCCUACUCACAGUUGUUCACUACUACUGCCCAGAUCUCAUGAAGCUCGACGAUAUUUGCCUAAAGGAAGUAUCCUCCAUUGCUGAUAGCCUGUAUAACAUCCAGCUGCUCAGAGAGUUUGCCAGCGAAUAUCUAAAUAAAAGCUUCUAUCUGACAACGGAAGACUUGCUCUACUCGCCGCUUGUACUCAAGCACAAUGUGAUGGUGUUCAUUGCGGAACUCUUCUGGUGGUUGGAGACAGUCAAGCCAGAGUUUGUCCAACCCCGAGAUCUACAAGAGUUUAAAGAUGCUCGAGCCAUUGCUCAGCCCAAGAGUGCCCGCCCGUCAGUGCCCAUCUCCAACGCCACGAAGCGCAGCUUCCAAACCGAUAACCAAAGCAGCCCUGAAGUCUGUAACAGUAAAGGGGGUCCAUCCUUCAGUCCUUCCCACCCACUCUUACCCUUGCGACAGCGGCAACAGAAGCAGCAUGGAGAAGAAGGUACAGGUCUCAGAAACCGCUCCAACUCCCUGACUCAGAUGGACGGACAUCCCAGAGGGUCAAUGACUGCAUGGUCCGAUAAGAGGCAGAGACCUCUGUCAACACUAAGUCCUUACAUGUUCCACUCAGCUACAGACAGUGAUGCAGACAUCGCAUCUGGUGACAGUGUGAGCCUGGCCCGCUCCAUAAGUAAGGACAGCCUGGCAUCAAACGUCAUUAAUGUCACACCCAAACACCAGACAUCUCUCCACCAGCCGUCACAGGCCGCAAUGCGUAGACUCAACGGCCACGGCUUACUGGGUAAUGUCAAUAUGGAGAAAGAGGAAGAGACUCUGGCAGCUGUUAUGAGGACUGAAUCUCCUGCAAAACAUGUUGACGGGACACAGGCAGCUGCCACAGUGGGUCCCCAACCUUCCUCUGAGUCUAAACCUGCAACAGAAAGCUUUUACCUUGAACCACUAAUGCCUGCUGUGCUCAAAACGCCUAAAGAGAAGUCUGUAUGUUUAAAUAAGGAGGAGGAGAGUGGUGAGGGGCCCCCGUCUUCUGGAAGGGGCUCACUACGUCGCGGAGAUGGAUCUUCAUCAGUUGUACGUAGGAAAGCUCCCGGCAGCUUGAACCAAACCUUUACACCUUCUGGUGAGGAAAGAAACUUUUCAGAGGAGUCCCCUCAGGGUCAGGCAACAUUCAGGCCCACUGUCACCAGCAGUGUGGACCCCUCCAGAGAGCCUGCAGGAGGUUUCUACCUGCAUUCUGACUCGGAAGAACCAAAGCCUGGCCAAGGUCUGGAUGCUGAGCUGGAAGAUCUGGAUGAAGAGGAAGAAGAUUUGGAUGAAGCUGCUACUACUAAGGACCCCAGCUGGCCCAGGAAAGCCUAUAAUGAAGAAGAGGAAUCAGCCAAACUCCAAGAGGACAUGAAUGUGAAAGAACAUGAGGACAAAGACCUGAACGGCGGUAGUGGUCGCUCUAGUCCGUGUCUCAGUGCUCACUCCCAGGCCAGCAGCAUGGCCAGCAGCAGUGUGCGGAUGACCUCCUUCGCUGAGCGUAAAGCCCAGCAGCAGCGCUUUGGCAGUAACCAUGACCUGCGCUCUAGUGCCUCCAGCUCCCAAAGGACCACUCCAGAUGGAUCGGAGAGCAGCGGACCCUUGGCCUCCUCUUGGAAACUUAGAAGAGACCAGAGCCCCUCAUCUCCCUUAGGAGGAUGUGCACGUGCAGCUGAUGGUAGCGGUGCUAAUGUUCUAGCUUCUGAAAUUGUCCAGCUUCGGAUGCAACUAGAGGAGAAAAGACGUGCCAUUGAACACCAGAAGAAGAAAAUGGAAGUGUUGUCAGCCCGACAGAGACAGAAGCUCGGUAAAGCAGCCUUUCUCCACAUAGUCAAGAAAGGUGGCGGCAAAAGUGACACACUGCCCAACCCACUUAAAGCAGACCUCUCAAAAGAUGAGCUCAAUGGAGAGAAAGAAACAUCGACUAAAGAUGAUAUGUGCAUUGAUGGCCUGAAAGAUAAAGAGGUGGAGGGGCCCACUCCAUCAGGUGCCUUAGAAGCGGACAGGAAAGGAAACAAUGGGAGCUUCUAUCUAGAGGAAGAGUUGGAUCUGAAUGAGUGCAGUCGCUCCAUUGACUUGCUCAAUGAUGCCAUCAGCAGCAUCCAGCAGCAGAUGAUGCAGCUGUCUCUGCAGCAGGAGAUGCUGAUGAAACAGAAUGUACAGUCCCCGCCUGGUACAGCUCCACCUCCUUUCACCGGAGACAACAGUGAUUCGAAGGCGGGUGCGAGUUUUCACUAUGUGGAGCAUCUUUCCGGUUCUAACACUGCUCCCACCAGAAAGCCUCCCAAGCUGAGCUCAGGCCGGAGCUCCAGAUCCAAACCAUCAGAGCUGAAGAUAGCCAAGGAGCAGAGCCGGCAGUCCUCCAGGACUGGGUCAGAGACCUUACCACACCCGAAGCAGCUAUCAGGGGGCAGGUCCCCCAGGGCCGAGCAGCUGGACACUCCCAGCCUGAGGAACGCUACAACAGGAGAGACAAUCGACAAGCCGGGUUCUGGCCAUGUUCGGAGCGCUUCCUAUCGACUCCACGAUGAAGCCAAUAUGCGCCUGCCGACUCGAGUGGACCUGUCAGCAGUGACUGGCCCAGAAGUGUCCUUUGACGAGUGCCUGUCCAGCACCUUAAGAGAGUCAGAGCUUAACUCCUCAGACGGUUCAGGGAAAGAGAACAUACCAUCAGAGGAGGUGCAGCGCAGCAAAACCCACUUGAUUGAGGUGGAUCUGUCAGAACUGAAGGCCCCUGAGGAAGAGGAGGGCAGUGAGGACAGAACAACAGACGGGGGCGAUGGAGACCAAAAGUCAGUUUUGGGGUUCUUCUUCAAGGAUGAACAGAAGGCAGAGGAUGAGCUUGCUAAGAAAAGAGCAGCAUUCUUAUUGAAACAACAGAAAAAAGCUGAAGAGGCACGGCUUCGUAAGCAGCAACUAGAAGCAGAAUCUGAGCUGAAACGAGAUGAAGCCAGGCGGAAGGCUGAGGAGGACCGUCUGCGAAAAGAAGAGGAGAAGACACGGCGGGAGCUGAUAAAACAGGAGUAUCUGAGGAGGAAACAGCAGGAGAUGUUUGAGGAGCAAGGUCUGGUGAAGCCCAAGACGCCCAAACCGAAGCAGAAACACCGGCCCAAGACCGUCCUCAGAGAGGAGUCGUCAAGUGACAAUUUCUCAAAGUGCUCUUCCACACCAGACAACCUGAGCAAUGCCCAGUCAGGCUCCAGUCUGUCCCUGGCCUCAGCUGCAACAAACGAGGCUGAUAGCGUCAACUCUGGAGGCGCUGGCUCUCAGCGCUGUGACUCUGUGGAGUCAUUCCCGGGAAGUCGUAAUAACAGUCGAACAGCUGAAAGAGACUGGGACAACGGCUCAACUGCAUCUUCCAUCACUUCCAUGGCUGAAUAUACUGGUCCUAAACUCUUCAAGGAGCCCAGCGCCAAGUCGAACAAGCCAAUCAUCCACAAUGCAAUCUCCCACUGCUGCUUAGCUGGCAAAGUCAAUGAGCCCCAGAAGAACCAGAUCCUGGAGGAGUUGGAGAAGUGCGAGUCCAACCACCUGAUGAUCCUGUUCCGUGACGGCGGCUGCCAGUUCCGGGCGCUCUACUCGUACUUCCCCGACACCGAGGAGAUCCACAAGCUCACGGGCACGGGACCCAAGAGCAUCAGCAAGAAGAUGAUCGACAAGCUGUACAAGUACAGCUCCGACCGCAAGCAGUUCACCGUCAUCCCCGCCAAGACUGUGUCGGUCAGCGUGGACGCUCUGACCAUCCACAACCACCUGUGGCAGGCCAAGAGGGGCACCGUGCCAAAGAAAAGUGGGAAAUAGCAGAUCCGAAAAACUGCCCUUCUCAUUCAUGUCGUAUCUCCAUCUCGCUUGUUUCCUGAAUAGACUGCACUCAAGCGCCAUGCUCGGUCUGGCCGCAGUAGAGGCGGACCACAGGAAAGUACAAGGGAAAAGGUGUGUAAAGGUGCUUGCAACAACAACAAAAAAGGAAUGGCGGCUGAAUUCGCUUCGGUAUCUUCUCCUUCGGUGCGAUCUGUUCAGGUUCUUCUGGUCUGCAUCUGUUUUUUCUACAACCAAGCAUGUGGCGCUGGUUUCUGUCUCAUAUGUGGUGGAUGUUAAUUUCUUCCAUGAAGUAUUUAUUAGUUCAGCACUGUCAUGGUCGAGAGCUCAGCUGCAGCACUAAAAUCUUUUCCUCCUUUCUCUGGAAAAUGAACUUGUUCGGACAAAAAACAAGAGGGGAGGAUAUUGGAGAUUUCUGUCACUCUUUACCAGGAAACCUGAACCAAGGGACCCUCUUUUUUUUCUCUCUCUCUCCUUUUGUUUAAAACCCUUUAGGACCGACAAAAAACCCCAACAAUCUCUUCCUUGUGCGGACUUUCGAUUCUGUCAAAUCAGGCUGGCAUUGCCAAUUUUGCCUCGUCAGGGGAAUCUCCUGCUGCUCUGAACUUGUCUUCUUCUUUUGUCGUGAUGGGGGGCGGCAGCGGCGGCGGACCUCCGUAGCCUCCCCUUCGAGACAUCCGUUGGCCUUUCACGCAUCGUGGUACUAUCGUCUAUUUAUUCAGCCGCUUUUUAAACUAGAUUGUGUAGCACUGGAUAUGUGUAUAGCAAACAUGGAGAAAAAAAAGUCAAUGACGGUCAUUUUAAAUUCUUUUAUUUGUCCGAACAUCCUUUUUUUCGAGGGUGUUGAAAGAGGGUGAAUGGUAGGCUUUGGUACAGAAAUGAUGCUUCUUCUUUUUCUUUAUUUUUUUGGUUUCGUUUAGCUUUUUGUUUUAUUUUUUAAAUUUUAAAUCAAAGCGAUGUGAUAUAGCUGAUGUUAUGUGUUUACAUCAUAACGGGAAUUCUCUGAUGUUUAGAGCUUAGUUGUGUUUUCUCUACCACUGGGCACUCUUGAAUUGUCCUGUAUAAAGGUGCACUCAUUAACACUUGUCGACGGCUUUUUUCAUGCAAUGUAUCUCCCCUUCCUGCCUUUAAACCCCGCCCCUCCCUCCCUCCCCUGAGUGUUUUGUCAGCCUGUCCCAUCUUUAACCACACGACACACACACACACUCUUAUUGUGAAGAGUGUCUGCUCUCCGCUCUGUAAACCGGUCUCUGAACGCCAGUAUUUGAUAUAUCCACAAAGGGGGUUUCUUUCUUUCUUUCUUUCUUUUUCUUUCUUUCUCUCUGUGUCUUUGAGUGGGUGGGUGGGUUAGUGUGUGACGGGUUGUGGUUCAGUUCUGUACCAACAUUAAAGAACAUUCCUCCUAAGGUGUUGACAAACACUGCCACAUCGUCUCUCUCUCUUCUCUUGUUGAAGAAUCAAAGUGCUUUUCUUACAAAACCAUUUGUUGGCCUCGAGAACAACCCGAAGUGUUGCACGAGCACUUUACUUUUGCAUUCGUUGGGGGAAUUAAACCUUUAAACGUGCAUUUAAAAUGACAGUACACUGCUCCUUAAACUGCUGUUAGUGUGUAAAGAAACACUAAGAUGAAAGAAGGGCCUCUGAUGAUGAUGAUACUACUGCUGUCUCCAAAAACAACACAGUACUUGACGUCUCAUUUGCUGCAUUUUGUUUUGUUUUUGGGGAUUCUUCGGGCGGGGGGAGGUGGUAGAUCUGUCUAUGUAUGUGAGUGUAUUUUUAUGUUAACUAAAAGAUUGUACUGGCAUCGGUCACCGUUUUUGUUACACUAGUGUACUUUUCAUCCUUGUUGAGUUUAUCUUCGAUCUCAUGCCAUCUAUUUAUUUUAAAAUGGAAGCACUGAAUAAAUUUUCAAGUGAAUAUGAAUAAAGUCACAUUUUCAUUUUUA